CAAAAGGGCACCCAAGAAAGUUAGCAAAGCUUUAAAUUUGUAAAUAAAUGUAAAUAAAACUGUGAAAAUAUUGUCUUUGUUAAAAUUUAUAUGUUUAUAUGUAUAAACAUGUGAUGCUGGAAAAUUUGGUGAUCAAAACAAUUGACACCCAAAUUAAUCACUGAAUUAGGUCUUCCAUUAUCGAUUGUUGAUAGAGCUGAAUUCAAAAAUUUUAUGAAAACAGUUGAUAAAAAAUACAAAGUGCUUAACAGAAGAAACAUUUGUCGCGAGUCUUUACCAAAAUACAGUGAAAAAAUAAUGAAAAAAAUAAAAGACAUAUGUAUGAAAUCAGAUUACUUGAGCUUAACGCAAGGGGGAAAAAGCGGACUCCUAUGGACUCCUGAAGUCCAGGAGUCCAAGCGCAAAGUGUUCUUUUUUGGAAUCACUGCCCCAAAAAUGGACACUUUGCACAUGGACUCCUGGACUUCAGGAGUCCAUAGGAGUCCACAGGAGUCCAUACGAGUCCGCUUUUUCCCCCUUGGCUUAACGUUAGAUAUGUGGACUGAUAGAAGGUUAAGAAGCUUUUACGGUAUUACUAUGCAUGUUGUUAUUGAUACUAAAGUAGAAUCAUACUUAUUAUCAUUCUAAAGGUUAGUUAGUCUUGAAAUCUUACACAGAAGUCUUUCUUUUUUAUUUUGAGGGAAGAGAUGCUCGGCCUCUGUUUGAAGGACGCUGACAGAUACUGGCUUUGGUGCGGAUUUAAUUCUUAAAGGUACCGUAUGGACUCCAUACGGUGUUGGUCGUCAUACAGCUGUUAAUAUACUGAAUGAGUUUGAUAAAGUUAUAAAACACUACAAUAUUGGAAAAAAGAUUGUUCGAAUUGUUACGGACAAUGCGUCUAAUAAUUUAGCUGCUUUUAAUAGUUAUGAUCUACCGGGUUUUGAAGAAAUUGAUUUAGCCGAAAAUGACGAAGUUUUAGGAUCAGAUCGAAAUGAUGAUGAGAUUGAUACGGAUAUUGAUGACAACGGUUUCAACUGUGCUCCUGAUGACGCAUUUACAAAUAAAAAUGAUAAUGAUAUAGUAUAUAUAGAACUGAUGGUCACUAGUGGGACACUGCAAGACACACAACAACCCAAACCAACUCAGACAUUUAGUUAUAUAUGUUGA